GUCAAUGCCCCCAAGAAUUGACUGCGCCGCGCGUGCUCGCUAUCCGCUAUUUCCAUUCCACCCAUGGCAGCCACGCUUCGCCUUCGCUUCUCUUCUCUUCUCUUCUCUUCGAUGCGAGCGAUAUGAGAGAGAGAAACAGAGCUCCCCGAGGUGUGUAUAAAUGCCAGGUCGGCGCGUUAAUUCUUUCUAGUUCUACUCCCCGCUCCCCAUUCACGCACUCUCACUCUACCUCCCUCCCUCCCUCGCCGGCGCCGCGCGUGCUCCCGCGGGAUGCUGCGUGCGGCGCGGUACCUGCUGGGGUCGCCGGGCGCGAGCGGGUUCGGGUCCAGGUCGACGGCGGAGGAGGUGACCCCGGACCUGGGCGCGACGACGGCCAUCAUCACGGGCGCCACGUCCGGGAUCGGCGCCGAGACGGCGCGCGUGCUGGCGAAGCGCGGCGCGCGCGUGGUGAUCCCGGCGCGGAGCGCCAAGGCGGCGGAGGACGUGCGCGCGCGCAUCGUGGCCGAGUGCCCCGCCGCCGCCGUCCUCGUGCUCCCGCUCGACCUCAGCUCGCUCGCGUCCGUGCGCGCCUUCGCCGACAGAAACAACGCCGGCAAGUUCUCGCACGGGCAGCUGGCGCUCUCGGAGGACGGCGUGGAGAUGACCUUCGCCACCAACUACCUGGGCCACUUCCUGCUGACGAAGCUGCUGGCGGGGCGGAUGGCGGAGACGGCGGCGGCCACGGGCGUGCAGGGCCGCAUCGUGAACGUGUCGUCCAGCGUGCACGGCUGGUUCGCCGGCGACUGGGCCGAGUACCUGCACCUCGUCACCCGCCGCAAGAUACCCUACGACGCGACGCAGGCGUACGCGGUGUCCAAGCUCGCCAACGUGCUGCACACCCGGGAGCUCGCCGCGCGCCUGCAGGAAAUGGGCGCCAACGUGACGGCCAACUGCGUCCACCCGGGCAUCGUCAGGACGCGCCUUAACCGCGACCGCGACGGCGUCCUAACCGAUCUGGUGUUCCUGCUGCUGUCCAAGCUGCUGAAAACGAUCCCUCAGGCUGCGGCGACCACGUGCUACGUGGCGGCCCACCCGAGAGUGGCCGGCGUGUCCGGCCGCUACUUCGCCGACUGCAACGAGGCGCUGCCGUCGCCGGCCGCCACCGACCGCCACGAGGCCGCGCGCCUCUGGCGGGUCUCCGAGGCCAUCAUCGACGGCUGCACCAACAGCCAACCCCAGCGGGACUGCACCACUGCUCCUCUACCACGAUUACUGCCGGCCCAGACGCAGUCACAGUCGCCGACAGGAGCUUCUUCGUCGCCUCGUCGUCGAGCCUGCUGAGCUGAUCCGGCCGUCCACCUCCAGUUCCAGUAUAUCCGUCCCUUUUGUUCUCGUCCAUGUGAGAUGCGUGUACAAUACCUAGACAUUGUAUGUAUAUCCGAUCGAUUAUCCCCGGCCGUCCUAGCAGCAUUAUAAAUACAGCAUAUACUCCUUGUCCCAUAUAUAACAGGCACUAGCAUGCAGUAGCCAACGUAGUGCAGUAGUAGUUCUGUGUUUGUGUGUGUCUCAAGUCUGGACUCUCUCUGAACAUUGAAGCUGUACUGUACCAUUAUUA